AUGGACAAGGCGUCUGAGGCUAGAUACCGACGAAGGAUGAAUUUUAAGUUAAUAUUGAUACAGUUCAUCUGCUUGGUAAUUAUUGGUUUAGUAAAGAGUGCAGUGUGGAUUGACGAUGAUGAAGCUUUCUCACAAGACCAAACGAAACCAGCAGAACAGCAUGCUGAUAAAAGAGGAUCGGCAUUAGAUUGUCAAUGUUGUUUACACAGUUUUAAUUCUAAUUGCUGUAUGAUGUGUUAUGGUCGACGUGGAAAAAGAGGAGAAAAUUCGCUAGCUGUCACCAAUUUUGUCAAUUCUGCUUGUUCAUGUUGUGCUUUUUCACGCUCCUAUACCAGUGGAUGCUGUGCAACAUGCCGACGAUUUCGAUAA